AAAUAAGUAGAAGAAGAACAAAGUGUUGCUAACAAUGGCAGCAGCUAACACGGAGCUCCGGAUGGAUCAGCUCCCCUCAGACCCGCUGCUGCACAUCCUGUCCUUCCUGAGCUUCAGGGACCUGAUCCACUGUAGUUAUGUCAGCAGGAGGCUGAACGACUUGUCCAAACACAACCCACUGUGGAAGUCCCUGUGCUCCAAACACUGGCUGCUGACAGAUGCGGAGCGGCAGCAGAGCGGCGUGUCCUGGUACGGUCUGUUCAGACAGUACUACAGAGACCUGGGCCGCUACAUGCAGUACUACCCUGUACUGAAGAGAGCCUGGGAGCAGCUGAAGGCCUUCCUGCAGCAGAGGUGUCCACGUAUGAUCACAUCACUCAAAGAGGGCGCCACAGAGGUGGAGCUAAACGACAUCGAGGCCCAGAUCGGCUGCAGACUCCCAGACGACUACCGCUGCUCGUACCGCAUCCACAACGGACAGAAGCUGGUGAUCCCAGGGCUGAUGGGCAGCAUGUCACUGUCUAACCACUACCGGUCGGAGGUGCUGCUGGACGUGGAGACGGCGGCCGGAGGCUUCCAGCAGAGGAAGGGGAUGAGACGCUGCCUGCCGCUCACCUUCUGCUUCCACACUGGACUCAGCCAGUACAUGGCUCUGGAGCCCGCCGAGGGACGCAGGAUGUUCGAGAGCUUCUACCCCUGCCCCGAUCAGACGGCUCAGGAUCCUUCGGCCAUCGACAUGUUCAUCACAGGUUCCUGUUUCUUAGAGUGGUUCACGGCGUAUGUCCAGAACGUCGUCACCGGAGAAUACCCAAUCAUCAGAGACCAGAUCUUCAGGUAUGUGCACGAUAAGGGUUGCGUGGCGACCACCGGGGACAUCACUGUCUCUGUUUCUACCUCCUUCCUGCCUGAGCUUUCCUCCGUCCACCCUCCACACUUCUUUUUCACCUACCGCAUCAGGAUAGAGAUGUCGAGCAGCGCUUCGCCCGAAGCCGCCUGUCAGCUCGACAGUCGCUACUGGAAAAUCACCACCUCAGACGGCAAUGUGGAGGAAGUUCAGGGUCCCGGUGUGGUCGGAGAGUUUCCCGUCAUGACACCAGGGAAGGUCCACGAGUACGCCAGCUGCACCACCUUCUCCACCCCGUCAGAGUACAUGGAGGGUCACUACACUUUCCACAGACUGGCCAACAAAGAGGAAGUUUUCCACGUGGCCAUACCUCGCUUCCACAUGGUCUGCCCGCCCUUCAGAGAGCCGGUGGUUCGAACGCAGAAGGCAGCGACCAGUUACACAACUCGCUUUGAUGACGACGAUGGCGACGGCGAGUACUGUGACGGAGACGGCGACGACUUCAGCGACCUGAGGGGAAUCAACAUGGCCGCCUUGGAGGGAGCGUGGUGUCCUCGACACAUCUGACCUCGAGCACCCACGCACAGCGUUGUCGAGGCAACCAGACGAGACUGUCAGUUAUUCAGGUCUGAUGGAUGACAAUGAAAACCUGAAUGGUUGACAGACAGCAGGGAAUUCUGGGACCGGUAACCAGAGCCAUACGUGGGACAGAGUCCAGCUGCCAAUCAAACAAAUGAAACGAAACAAUGUGAAUGAGGUGCAGUUUUCUUUGAGUUCUCGUGUUACAGUAUCAAACAGUUGGAUAAGCUCAGACAGGGAGGAUGGGACAGUGGCGUCAUCGUCCUCUCCUUUGCUUUGUGGGAUUAUUUGUGGCGCCCAGUUGAGUUUGGCGGUCGUUGCGACCUCCAGAUUAGACAUUGAAAACGGCAAGUUGUGUCAACUGUUUCUGCUCCAAGUAAAAAGCUAAAUAUUUUUAGGCAGAGAUUUGCGGUGGUUCUCGAAGAGCCGUCAGAAUGUUCUCCUUUAAAUUAUCUCUAAGCUCUUUUCCACUGCAGGAACCAAACCGUCUCAAAUACGGGACGUCACUCAGCCCGAACUUUAGAAAACAUAACGAGACGUUUUGUUAAAGGGACAGUUUCUAGCUGGCUGUAGCUUCCGAUUAAGGAUUUCGCUAAAAUGAAAUCGGGAUUUGAAUUUCUGUCAGAUUAACUCUGAAACGCUGACGCACACCAGCUUCCUCGUGAAGUACAAAUUAUUUCUCUAAACACUAAACACUUUCUCAAAACAUUACGACUUUUUUGUCUAAACAUUAUGACUGUUUCCUGAUGAUGUAAUGGAAAAAGGGGAGUUUACGUAAGGAUUUAAUUUCUUUCAGAUUGCUGAAUCGUCACCGACCCGCAACUAUGUCCAUACUAAAAACUCUAAACGUCGUCCGGCUGCUAAAAUCCAGAGAAUAAAGACGUUGGAACACGUGUUGUGUUAGCGUCACGUUCGGAGCUCACAGCGGUGCUUAUUGGACUCUUCGAGGCCACGUCCAGUCUGUCCUCCAUCGUUAUUAAAGGUUGUGCUGCCUGAAACUUUAAACACUUUAAGAUCCUUUUUUCCACUUCCUGAUUUGUGACAUCACAUCUGCUCAACCAAUCAUGAUCCGCGGCCCAAACGUCAGUUAAGUGAGAAACAGAUGUUCUGGCAGUGGAAACAAGUCUGAUGGUGGUGGUUUUCCUCCUGCAGAGCUUUCAUUUCUCCACCCGGCAGGCGCAGUGUGAUUAUCUAGAAGAAACUGGGCUUUUACUUUGAAAGGGGAGGCUGUUACAAGUGUUUCCUGGUCGUGUUUUGUGCUUCACGUUUUUUUUCUUUAAAUCUUGAGUUUCAUGACAGGAUUCUUUUCUGUCCUCGGCUCAGUGCAGCACGGGGACGUGUCGUCACUUUCUGAUGUGAUUGGUGGGUUUGUUUUGUAUGUUUUUGGGUUAAAUAAAUAACAAAUAUUGAUC